CCGUGGAUUUUACUUUUUAAUUAAAAUAUUUUCUUAAUGUUCGCUUCUUGAGUUGAAGUAUCAGGUAGUUUAAUUGACAAAGAUAAACCAGUUAUUUUAAGGGUUUCAUUUCUCAUAUGUUUGUAAUAAUAAUCAAUCAAGGAACAGAAGUCAAUAAUAAAGAAUAUCUUAUCUAUUAACAAAUUUAUCUUUGUGUACUUCAAGUGCAGAGUUGCAAAAAGUACACAGGGAGUCAAACAUCAUUUUAAAAUUUCUAACUUAGAAACAAUGGAUUGUUUCAGUACAUUAUUGUUAAUUCUUUCAUUGAUUUUGGUCAGUUUUUUCUUUGGCACUUGGAAUGAAAACUAUUGGCUCAAAAGGAAUAUCCCUUUUAUCCAAUCAGAGAUAUUUUUUGGAAAUAUAAGAGAUGUCGUUACAAUGAAAAAAACAAUAGGCCAAGUCUACUCUUGCAUUUACAAAAAACUAGACAAAAAGCCUUUGGGAGGCUUCUUCAAACUACAACAGCCGAUAAUUAUGAUCAAGCAUCCGGAUUUAAUCAAGGAGGUUUUUGUCGAUAAAUUCGAAUUUUUCAACUCUAAUGAUAUUCAAGUGAGAAGAGAUACAAAUCCUAUUCUUAAAAUGAAUCCACUUUUAUCAUCUGGAGCAACUUGGAGAGCACUAAAAUCUGUUUUGACGCCACUCACAGAAGUAAAAACUUUAGAAGGAAUGUUUACAAUUGUUAAGGCUACAUCACAAAACAUGGUUGAAUAUAUAGAUAAUAAUAAUAUAUUACCUAUUGAAUGUAAGCAGCUUUCGUCCAGAUACAUUUUAAAUGUCAUUGCGAGCUGCGCGCUCGGAUUAGAGUCAAAUGUGUUCAAGGAUGCCGAUAACAAAUUUAGCGAAAUGUCGAGCAAGAUAUUUAAAUAUGAUUCAAGAUCAAACAUUGCAUUACUGCUCGCUUUGUACGCACCUAGUUUGGCCAAAUUAUUUACUUACAGGAUUAUUCCACCAAGAGUUUCGAAUUACUUCAUUUCCCUAAUAUCAGAGAAAUGCAGGUAUCGUGUGAAAGAGUCUGUUCAUCGUAAUGACUUUCUCCAGCAUCUUAUUAAUAUUAAUAAAGAAUCAGAAGCUAGUGGGGAAGGCACAGUCUAUAAUUACGAUAAAAUAACAGCACAUUGCUUGACAAUUCUUAUUAAUGGAUACUUUAUGACUGUGAGCCCUUUUUACUACUGUCUGUUUGAAAUUGCAUCAAAAGAAAAUGUCCAAGCAGAUUUGCGAAAAGAGCUAAAAACAAACAAUAUAAAUGAUCAAUUUUCAUUGGAAAGCCUUAACAAGCUGAUUUAUCUCGAUAUGGUGCUCAAUGAAACAUUACGACUCCAUUCGCCCAUCCAAGUAAUAACAAGGCGUUGCACAAAAGAUACUGUUUUGAACCAUGACGGUCUCGAUUAUAAAAUUAAAGCAGGGACUCCUGUCACAAUACCGAUAUGUGCAAUUCACACGGAUCCUAAGCUUUAUUUCAACCCGAAUGAUUUUAUUCCAGAAAGGUUCAAAAAGGAAAACGAAGGAUUUACCUACUUGCCAUUUGGUAAAGGACCAAGAAAAUGCCCAGGUGCACAAUUUGCCAAGCUCAUCCUCAAAGUAGCACUGGUGUCGAUCAUGCUGAAAUUUAGAAUCGAGCUCAGAGAUCCUUUCAUGGAGCUAAAACAGGAUCCGAAAUGUUCACUCUUGAAAUCAGCGAAAGGCGAUGUGUUGCUCAAGUUCAAAUUGGACCCUCUAUAGCCACUAUCAAUUGCCAAUAAAAAAUGGACAAAUUGGCGCCUACUUGUCGAGUCAGGAGUAUCCUAGAAAAUACGGAACCAAAUUUCCCAGGAUGUUCAUUGAUUCUUGCCAACAAAGUAACAUUUAAAUAAUUAGCCUUACGAUAGAUGUGUCUUUGAGGAAGUCACGUACGAGUUUUUGGAAGGAGAGAUUCUUCGGCGUAUAAACUAUAUAUUUGUUUCUUGUAUGGCAUGCUUGCAAUUGUACUCUUCAUAUUGUACAAAAUGAUUUUUUUUAUUGUAAUAUAACAAUGUACUGCUCAUGAGA